AUGCUCCCUCUGUGCCAUGCGAUACUGUCCCGAGCCUAUGCUGAUUACUGGGCCCCAAAAAGUCCGCUAGCAAGGUACUUUUCAGAGGCAAACUCGUUUCCCGACUAUGGGAGCAAUGAUAACGAAAUGUCUACGCAGCGGCUGAGGCAGAUGAACGGUGCUACACCAGGCGGCUUAAACACGCUCACCCACCCCCCGCGCCCCGACGUAGUAUCUAGUGAUUCCUACUCAUUCACCCAGAGUCCUCCAGCAAAGCGGCACAAGCCGAGCGAAACUUCUCCGAGAGACUCCGUGUAUAGCUGCUACUGGCCUACUGACCGAAAUGAAGCGACCGAGAUACCCAUCUCCCUGCGAAACGACUCGCAGGAGGAUCUGUUCGACUUGAGAAGCAACUCCAGUGCCGGAAAGCCAAAGUCCGUGUGCAUGGGCAUCGACAUGUACCGCAAUACCCAGCCCGGAUUGGGUUCCAGGAAAAAGCGCGUGAGAAAGAGUCGCCUACCUUCCCGCGCGCAGCAGCUCCCCAACCCUGCACGAAAAGCUGAAGUUAUCGACGUUGAGACUGUGGGGCAGUGUCGAAUUUCGGUCACGCUGGAAAGUCCAGAUGCACUGGCGCAUGAGCAGGAUCCUCCACCGGCAAAGAUUCGUUCCGAUAUAUUCUCCUCGGGCUCCAAACGACCGAGACCAGCCCACUUUGCAAGCUCACCGGGUCCGUUUGUCAAGCGACCCAGAGCUUCGCAACCCAUAGAGUCAAUAGAGUCGGAAGAUGAACUAAGCAAAGAUGGAGGUCCGGGGGGGCAAGGCGCAACCUCCAUCAUCUUGGCUUCCCCAAGACAGCGUUCAUCCCGAGGCGACAUUCAGCCCACCCAGUUUUUAAAACCGCAGCCCGCUCGGAACAAGGCGUACGGCGAUAUCCCGCGUAUCAAUAUCAAGAAAGCGGUGUCUGGGAAACAUUUCCGUAGCGUGAAUGACGAGCGUCAUGAAGAGCUUUUUCUCCAACAAGCCAGUACAGGCUCUGGAUCUCUGCUCCCACAAAGCACGUCCAAAGACGACAGUUCACUGGAUUGGAUGAGGAUCGAUGUAAACAACGUGACCUCGGUUCAACACGCCGGCAGUCGGAGCCUAUACGUUCUCUUGAGCAGACCACGGGGCAGCAACUAUGGAAGUCAACUGUGGCUUGAAUUGUUGGACCACAAGGAUGUCUCGAGCCUAGUUUGCGCCUUUCCAUCUGACAAGACCAAGGAACUUUUCGACGAUGAUCUCGGUGUCAGAUGGACAAAGGCGCUUACGGAAGCAGUCAGCUACAUGGGGGCAAACCGAAUAAAGCUCUCCUCUCGUUCAAACUCGCCGAAUACCAGGCAGGUUCAUACGGAAGGUCGGAAAGAAACUCCCCCGGAAGCAGACCAAGAUGAUCGAAAAGCAGCACCACCUCAACGGCCUAAGCUUGUAGACAAGAUGAGAAAUUCUUUCGAGACUGCUGCUGAAGUAGCACCGCCAAAUCACGGCGGUACAAGGGAGGAUACUGGCAGCGCAAAGACUCCGAUUACCCGCCGCACACGAAGGUCUUCUCCUGUUUAUGUCCUGCGUGAACCAACCCCAGAUGGCUGGACCAGGCAAAAUCCAGGCUGGAGAUCUCGGUGGCACAAAUCAUUGGUCUUUCCGGCAACUGGCAAAAGCAGAGCUACUGUGGACGAUGACGAUAUUAUGCGGCUUGACGAAGGCGAGUUUCUCAACGAUAAUAUAAUCAGCUUCUACAUACGGUAUCUGCAGUUCAAGCUCGAGCUCGAAAAGCCAGAGCUUCUCAACAAGGUCUACUUUUUCAACACGUUCUUUUUCGAGAAGCUGAGGUCGACCAAAGGAAAGAUCAACUACGAUGGCGUCAAGAGCUGGACUGCCAAGAUUGAUUUAUUCUCGUACGAUUAUAUUGUGGUUCCUGUCAACGAGCAUGCGCACUGGUAUUUGGCCAUUAUCUGUAACGCGCCCAAUGCCGUAAACGGGGUGCCAGGCCAUGACGAGGUAGAAGACGCAGUGUCGCCAGUGAGAAUCGCAGCCAUUGAGCGAGAAAUGUCUGAUGUUACCAUCGGAGAUGACGAGUCGAUGCAUCAGCAGGGUGACGCGGAAAAUACGGCAACCUCCCCGAGUACCUCAAAGUCUUUGGGACAUUCAUCCCCAGCUUCAAACGAGAAGCCACGGACAGGUCCCGCGAUGACCCCGAGGCCAUCUACGCGGUCCAUUGAUCCGAGGACACCCAAAAUCGUGACUUUGGACUCCCUGGGGAAACCUCACGGACCUACAUGCAAGGCUUUGAAAGACUAUCUUAUUGCCGAGGCAUCCGACAAGAAGGGUGUCACACUGGCGGCCCCUCCCAGUGGCAUGAUGGCCAAGAAAAUCCCCGAGCAGGAUAAUUAUUGCGAUUGCGGGGUAUAUGUUCUGGGCUACAUGGAAGAGUUUUUGAAGGAUCCAGCUGGCACCGUCCGCAAACUAUUGCAAAGAGAGCCGUCGGGUUGGGACAUCCGCCCGCCUUGGUUGCGGAACGAGGUUCGCGAACUGUUGUUCAAGUUGCAACAAGAGCAACAAAGCCGCUUGGACAAGGAAGCUGCGGAGAAACGACAGGCAUCCGCGAAAAGGGGAGCAGACAAGACACCAACCAAGCCAGAAACAUCACCGAUUCCUGCAAGAGAUUCGGUCACAGGGAAGCCCGCGCCAAUCUCACAGCUGGCCGACACCGGUGAGAAGGAGCUUCUCGACAAACACGGCGACAAGCCGAAUGCACAGCAACGGGCGACGACAACACCCACAACACCACCACCCAAACCCAGCAGGACGUCAAAGGACGGCUCAGGAUCUAGCACCAGCCCGUGCAGGGAUGUUUCCCACUCUGACCAUUCAGCACCAACUAGCCAGCUGCCUAGCGAGCCUUUCCAGCCGCUGGACGACGAUGGCGCUUUACCCAGGGGAGCCAAUGCGAAGCACGACGCCCGCAGCGACGAUCUCGUAGAAACGUUGCCCAGCUCACCUUCUGAGCAUGAGGUGGAGGUGACAAGGAGUAUAUCCAGACCGAUGAAGAAGAAUCUGACUGUGGACAAGGCUGCCGAUGUGGAAGAGGUAAUGGCCAUCCCACCCCAGAAAGUGACCAGACACGGGCCUCAGCGGCUUGAACAGUCGUCCACCAUGGUUCAAGUGCUGCGAUCAAGUCAGAGCCCGCAGCCUAGAAAGACGCAGGCGCGGUAUGAUGGCAUCGAGCGAUCCGUGGACCUGACGUGA